AUGGAGUCGGUCAACGGAGUCAUCACCGCCAUCAUGGCCGGCGAGCACGCCGUCGGCAAGGACGCCGUUCACGCCGCUGCGGACACCACUGGAACCCUGGACCAGCUCAACAACGUUACGGCCAUGUCGCUGGACGACUACACCUUCCAGGUCGACAGCGCCUGCAGCUCGACGCUGACCACGCCCGAGGACGCCGUCGACGACCCGAUGGGUGGGCUGCGGGCUAGCCCUCCCCUGUCGCGCCUCCCUCCAUCGACGGGCGCGAUGACGGGACGACGACCUCUCCCGAUCCACACCGGCCCCAUCCCCUCGUUCUACAGCAUCAUCCCCGCCGGUGGGUCCGGGACGAGGCUGUGGCCUCUGUCGCGCGACGCUCGACCCAAGUUCCUGCUCGACCUCGAGGGCAACGGCGGCUCGCUGCUGCAAAACACCUGGAACCGCCUGCGCCCGCUCUCGUACCGCUCCAACAUUGUCGUCGUCACCGGAAACGCGCAUGCCUCCGAGGUGGGCCAGCAGCUCCUGGGUGAGCUCGAAGGCGACAACCUCGUCACCGAGCCCUGCCCAAAGGAGAGCAUGGCCGCCAUCGGCCUCGCUGCGGCCAUCUGCCUCAAGCGCGACCCCGACGCCAUCGUCGGCAGUUUUGCCGCAGACCAUGUCAUGCCAGCAGAAGAUAAGAACCCGCAAUUCUACACGGCGGUGCGCGAGGCGGUCCGGGUGGCGCAGGCCCACGACGUCCUCGUCACCAUCGGCAUCCAGCCCACCGAGCCGUCGACCGCUUUUGGCUACAUCCACAUCGGUGCGCCGGCCUCGGAGUCCGACCGAGGCGCUGCAACGAGUGCGGCGACAGCGGACACGACGACGACGACCACGGCCGCCACCGGCGAUCGCGCCUUCCGCGUCUCGUCGUUCAAGGAGAAGCCCGACGCCGCCACGGCCGCCCGCCUCAUCGCCGAUGGCCAGCACUGCUGGAAUGCGGGCAUCUUUGUCGCCAGCGCCAGGGUGCUCCUCGACAUGCUGCAGAGGCACCAGCCGGACCUCUACCGCGGCCUCGACGGCCUUGCCCAGCUGCACGGCACCGAAGGCUACGCGGCCGAGCUGGCAAAGGUGUGGCCGACGCUGCUCAAGAUCUCCAUCGACCACGCCAUCGCCGAGCCUGCGGCCGCUAGCGGCGACAUGAUGGUGGUGCCCGCGCCCCUCGUCUGGAAGGACCUGGGCGACUUUGCCAGCCUCUCGGAAUGGCGCCGGCUGUCUUCGGCUCCCAGCACGCCCCGAUCGCCCCUCUCGAUGGCAGGCGGCCUGCCGACUCCCCCGCUCAGCGCGACUUCGGCGUGGACGCCAUCGCUAUCGCCCUCGCCCCGAUCGCCUCUCUGCCCGCUGCCGCCCCUCGCCCCCAUCGAGUCCGGCCCCGGCCCCAAGACGACCGCCGAGGCAGUUUCCGAAGCCGCCGCCAGCCUCGAAGAGGAGCCCGUCAUUGUCCUCGGCGACGAGUCGAGCGUCUUCUUCGACGAUGCCACCGGCUUCAUUGUACCCGGCUCCGGCCGCGUCAUCGGCUGCAUCGGCCUCCAGGACGUUGUCAUCGUCGAUACCAAGGACGCGCUCCUGGUGAUGCACAAGAGCCGCGCCCAGGAGAUCAAGCAGCUGGCGAACCGCUGCAAGCUCGCCUUUCCCACGUUGUCGUAG